AUGUCGUUGCGCUCGGCGUCCGUCUUGGCGCUUGACGUAAACUGCCCUCCGGCCUCGCUGGCGUUGGCGGUGGAGUUCUGCCGCCGCUCAGCAGAGGCGGCGAUGAUGUUCGCGCCACACGACGAGAUGGCGCUGGUCCUCGCCGGCACCCGUGACUCACACAAUCCGCUGCAUCACAGCCGCGGCGGCACGGGUGGGACGCGGUUCAAUCACAUCUCCGUGCCCUGCGCCCUCGCUGCGCCGACGGUAGACUUUUUGGAGCCACUGGCGCACAUCACACCGCCGUGUGAGGGCUAUGAGGCGGACUUCUUGGAAACCCUCCUUGUGAGCGACCAGGUGAUGCGUGAGCGGACGGCAAACAAGUGCUACAGGCGUGUUGUGUUUUUGCUGACCGACGCCCACACCGAGGUGCUGCGGAAGGAGGAGAUGAAUCCACUCCUGGAAUCCUUCCAGCAACACGAGGUGGCUUUAAUCGUCAUCGGCAUUGAUUUCACUGAGCCGCCCGCCAACGCCGCCGACGCCUAUGAGCGUGACGGUGGUAAUGAGCACUUGGCGGGCCUUUCACUCAAGGCACAGAACGAGCGGGUCCUGCGCGCCAUGUGCUUUUUGCUUGGAGAGGAAAGCGCGGUGGUGUCGUUGGACGACGCCCUGCGCGGCGUGGACGAGCUCCGGCGACGAAAACUCACUCAGCGCCCCCUCCUGAGAGUCAUCCUCACCGUCGGGGAGGUGCGUUUGGCGACGCAGAUGUUCACGAAGGCGCAAGAGGAGCGGCUGCCGCCGCUGAAGCGAACGACCGCAGCGGGGGAGGAGGUAAGCAUGCGGACAAUUUUCCAGGGCCUCCGUGAGCGUGCGACGCCCUUGCAGCGAAGGGAUCUUUGGAAGGGGUACCGCUACGGUUGCAGCCUUGUCCCGUGCUCGGAGCAGGACGCGGAGGCGAUGAAAGUCAAGGGGCCCAGAGCGCUGGAUGCCCUCGGAUUUGUGCCGCUGCAGCAGGUCCCUGUCUAUGUGCUCUUGGGCGGGGUGAAGGUGAUCAUGCCGCUUGAUGACGACACGGUGGGGGCGAAGGCCUUCCGCAGCAUUGUGCAGGCGAUGAACGCGGCCGGCCGGGCGAUGGUUGUGCGCUUUGUUCGCACCCGUGACGCGGACCCCGUGCUCGGUCUUUGCGUGCCCUCAACGAAGCAGCGGCGGGAUGUCCUUUUCUUUUCGCCCCUCCCCUUCGCGGAGGAUGUGCGCUUCUUUGAAUUCUCAGACUACGCGGAAGUGCGGGACGACGACGACGACGCUGACGCCGCAGAGGAGGCGGGGCUUGUGGCUGCGAUUGUGGAGGACAUGACGGUGGAGAAGGAGGUGCUGCGACCGCGGGAAACGUUUAACCCGGUGCUUCAGCAGUACUACGCGACGCUGCGUGCAAAGCUGCGCUGCUGCUGUGACGGCGAGAGACUGGCGGCAGGAAGCGAGACGCGCGAGGCGGACGGCUUGCGGGGGGAGGCAAGUGGGGCCAACACCGCGGCUGGAGAGGUGUUGCUGCCGCUUGCGCGUGCGGUACAGGCCACCUCUGCCGCCUACGGCUUGCCGGGGAACCAGCUGGAGCCGAUGCUCUCGAGCGUGCGGGCCAAGCUAGAGGCGUGCUCCCGCAGCUUUGUGUACGUCCCAAGUAGAGCGGAUGACGUGGCGGAGGGGCGGCGGCGGCGGCGGCGGGCGUAUUGGUCCCACUCGCCUGCCGGCUCCCGCGAGGUGGAGGCGUCCGAUGCGUCCAGCCGGGACCCCUCCACCGUUGCGACGCCGUGUUUUGUCGACGGCGCCGCACGCAUCACGACCAUGGAUCCGGUUUGCUCCUUCCGGGCGGUGCUGCAGUCGCGCGGGGGCACCGAGGUCCGGCGGGCGAUGGAUGAGUUGGCGGACGCCGUCUUCAGGCUGCUUCGCUACAGCCUGAAGGACGCACAGUACGCCAAGGGUGCGGAGUGCGUCUUACUUCUCCGCCAGCACUGUCUUGAGACGGGGGAGGCGGAUUACUUCAACCGGUUUCUGCUGAAACUUAUGCUCCUCGCGAGGGAGUUGGAACACGAAGCAUUUUUGCACGGCGAGAUUGUGGCACGUGGCAUCGCCCCCAUCACGCGGCGGGAGUGCCCCAACAGCACGAUUGCUGACGAGGAGGACGCCAGGCGGUUUCUCACGCAGGACCGUCGUCUGCCCGCCCCUCUUCUGGAAGACCCCGACGAGGCGGAGGUGCUCAACAUGAUCGUCUGA